AUAAAUAAUCCUGGUAAACCACGACAGGACAUCAUUCACAGCUCAAGCUGCCAAGCAGUCACAGCUCGCCCUGUCACAGCCAGUACUUUGAGUCUACAUAAAAAACGGAAAACCGAGCUGAAAUGGAAAGCCAACGUAAUAUCGUCAACCACCGACGCGGAGCUCGCCCGAGCGUGGGCUAUCUACUUUUCCAGUACCAGAGCGAGCUGACCCGCCGCCAUGCGGAACCCACGCGGCUGUCCCGCACCAAGAUCCACAUAAUCGAUGGCCUGGUGUCCCGCACCAUCCGCCACAUGAAGCACUGCAGCAUGGAGGAUCUGAAGGCCUGCAAGAGGGAGCUCGUCUACAAGGAGCAGCUGCGCGAUCAGCUCAAGAACAUGCGACGCAAGCGAUCCUCGUCCGCCAACAACAUCAAAGUUAGUGCCAACACAUCCGGCCCCGUUGUGAGUGUCAAGGCGCCAGGUACUCCACCGAAACCCCUCUCCACACGACAGUUCUCCAAGAUGAACAUGUUCGGACCGGAGAUCUUUGUCUGAGUUUGACUUAACCUAUUGCAAUUUUAAAUUCACUAGUUUAACGCAAAUAUUUCCUUAAUUGUUGACGAUUAAAAAUCAAAGAACAUGAAAAAUACUUAAGACAAACAUCAAACAAAAAUAUAUAAGAGCAAUAUCACAAA